AUGGCAUCCAUCGCGGCGAGCGCGCGACGCGCAGCGGCGCGCUGCGCUUUCCGAGCGCCGGCGCGCAAUAACGUCGCAGCGCUGCGCGGCCUCGCGACGUUCCAGCUCGGGCGGCUCAACCACGUGGCCCUCGCCGUGCCGGACAUCGAGGAGGCGAGCGCCAUGUGGCGCGACGCGCUCGGCGCGUCGGUGUCGGAGCUCCAGGCGCUGCCGGACCACGGCGUCACCGUGUGCUUCGUCGACGCCGGCAACACGCACGUCGAGCUCCUCGAGCCCCUCGGCGACGCGAGCCCCAUUGCGGCGUUCCUCGCUAAGAGCCCGAGCGGCGGGCUCCACCACCUCUGCCACGAGGUCGACGACGUCGAGGCGGCCAUGGCGGACCUCAAGGCCCGCGGCGUGCGCCUCCUCUCGGAGGAGCCCAAGAUCGGCGCCCACGGCGUGCCCGUCGUCUUCCUGCACCCAAAGGACACGAACGGCGUCCUCGUCGAGCUCCAGCAGGCGAUCCCCGCCGAGGACUCGUAA